CACUGCAAGGCAAAAAAAAAGUGUCUGAGACUGACGGCUUCUGCUGUCGCAAUGGCAGAUCGAACUUAAACAACCUGAGCCAAUCCCAGAGCUGAUGAGGCUAUGGUCAAGCAUGGAUGCAGAUUCUAGACAUUUUCGGGAAAACAUACGCUUCUUCAACGGGCAUUUCGCCUUCACAACCCUUGGCGUCAGCCUUGAUGAGAACUACACAAACAUGAAGUCUGGGGUGUACACAUUCCGGGCACACGGCACCAUCUACCACAAUGUGCAUUCGUUUGGGCCUAGCUCCCGUCCUGAGCAUCUGCAGUUAUACUUCUAUGAUGAUGACCCAACCAUCACUCAUCGUAAGGCGGCCACCAAGCAAUUAGACCAAGAUGUCGUGAAGAAGUUAGUAGACAUACUCAAAGAAAACCCGUACUCCCAGCAAUUUAGGAGUUUGGGUGCACACAAGGACAACCUCGAUGAUUACAGGAUAGACCUAAACACCGAUAAAAGGCUUGACCAAAGAAGAUAUAACAGACCGUUGUCAUCUGAGGUUGCUGCAAUUUGGGUUGAGGGCAACGACCUAGCAAAAAGGUUUGACCGGAGGAUAACACUUUGUGGUAAUAACAACGAAAGGCACAGUAUACGUGUGACCUCCGGAGCAUAUGACCCUUUGUCUUAUCCCCUAUUCUAUCCAAGGGGAGAACUAGGUUGGCAUCCGAAGCUACCUAAACGUAAUGUUCCUUUGGAGGUUGUACUAAAUCCUCAACUGGUCCAUGAUGAUGAUGAGGAUGCAGAGGGCAACAGCAGGUUGUGCGUCUCUGUCAGAGACUACUACUGUUACAUGCUGCAGACACGGCCUGCGAUCUUUAAUCCCAUACUCUGUGGAGCACGCCUCUUGCAGCAAUGGGCCGUCGACAUGUACGUCAAGAUUGAAAGUUGCCGGUUAAGGUGGUACAGGAAGAACCAGACGCAGAUUCGUGCCGACUUGUAUAAAGGAGUUGUUGACGCGAUCACAUCGGGGGAGACACGAGCAAGCGCUGUUGGGGUAAGAAUAAUUCUCCCUGGAACAUACCCUGGUGGCGACCGCGACAUGAAGAAGAGGCAUAUGGAUGCCAUGGCAAUUGUACAUACAUACGGGAAGCCUGGCAUCUUCUUGACCAUGACUUGCAAUCCAAAAUGGGAAGAGAUAACGAAUGAGUUGCUGCCUGGUCAGACGGCGCAGGACCGACCUGAUAUUGUGGCUUGCGUGUUCUUUGGCAAACUAGAGGCUAUGAAGGACAUGUUGUUCAAGAAGCACAUCCUGGGUGUUGUUGUCGCAUAUGUAUAUGUUGUCGGGUUUCAAAAAAGGGGCCUCCCACAUGCACAUUUUCUGUUGAUCAUGGACUCAACAUAUAAGCUUAUCGUCCCCGAGCAGUAUGACCGACUCAUUUCCGCAGAGCUCCCAGACAAGCAUAAGUAUCCGGAAUUGUAUGCAAUGGUGGUAAAACAUAUGAUGCACGGACCAUGCGGUGCUCUAAACCCGAAGAAUGUUUGCAUGCAAGAAAACAGAUGCAAAUGCAGAUACCCGCGGUCGUUCAAUGAAAACACAGCACAGGGGAAGGACUCGUACCCAGUUUAUCGACGUAGAGACGAUGGUAGGCGUGCUAAGGUCCAAGGGAAGAUGUUGGACAACAGAUGGGUUGUGCCUUAUAACCCAUACCUUCUGCGGAUGUUCAAUUGCCACAUCAACAUUGAGGUCUGCUCGAGCAUAAAGGCCGUCAAAUAUCUUUACAAGUACAUUUACAAGGGCCAUGAUAAGGCUUCUUUCAGCAUCGACCAGCCUGACGCCGAUGGUAACAUUGAUGAGAUCAAGAGAUACGUUGACGCAAGGUGGAUCACCCCUCCGGAGGCUAUGUGGAGGAUAUUUGGCUUUCCACUUUGCGCCAACUACCCUCCUGUCUUGCAGUUGCCUCUUCAUCUCCCGAAUAUGCACACAGGGUCGCAUUCAAUGCCCAGGCUGACUUGA